AUGGCGUCUCUAUUUUCUGAAACCUGGCUACUGGUAUGUGCAGUUGUCGCGGUGCAGUUGGCAGUUGCAAGAAGUCAGUUCUGUAGCACGGGAUGGAAGUUCCACAAUCUGACCGGCACCUGUAUGAAGCUCGAAAAAAUGGAGUACCGGUACCUUGAUGCCAAAAAUCACUGCGAAAAAACAAAUGGAGGCCAUCUUGUGUUUAUAUUUGAUGAAGCCACGGAUAAGUUUGUUAAAGGUCUGCUUGAUGAAGAUGAUGUUGACAGAGCUCUCAUUGGGCUCCAGGAUCGAACACGGAAUGGCGAGUAUUUUUGGGGCCCUAAUGAUAAGGUCCCGGUAAGCUACACGGGAUGGGCUGACAAUCCCCACAGAUCUGAUUCUGGUAAACGUGCUGUCAUCAUAACCAAAGAUGGAUGGAAGGACUAUGACAAGGACGACGGUGCUUACUUUGUGUGUCAAGUAAAUGUAGAUUUUCCGGUUCCAAAGAUGCUGUGUCCAUCAGCUGAAGAAGGUCAAAGGAGCCCAGAUAUUACUUGUACUGUAGAUUCUCGUGGAUCGUAUACAGUCACAGAUAUUCGUUUCCAGAAAACCACAACACUUCUAGCCUGGUGUGAUGCCGACAGUUGUACACCCAGCCAAGACAAUCGGGGUCGUAUUGUUGUCAGUAGAUCCCAAACGACAGGCAGCACCUCUUCAUGGACCCUCAGAGUCAUAAAUGUGAGAAGGAGCGAUGAGGGUGAAUGGACUUGUUCUGUAAAAUACAGCAACAGCGGCGCCUGGGUAACAAGUAGUCCUUGCAGUUUGAAAGUUUACG